AUGCAGUUCUAUCCCAAGGCGCGUGAGCAGCGGCCCAGCAUCCACCAUCCGUCUGUUCGGCCGCGUCGAUUGGCUGUGCUGAAGGCUGCGGCUGUCAAUCUUUUCCUUCUUCAAUUUCUCUUUUUGGGUCUUUUCUGUUACAUCUUUGGAUCCUUGUUCCAACAAUCAACUCACAUUCACAAUGUUAAUGUUCUGUUCGUUGACUACGACGGCGGUACGAUCGGCGAUGCAGUUCGCGACGUGUAUCAGAAGCUCAAGGGUCCUGGAUUUCCAAACCUGAUUGAGCGCCCAGCCUCUUUAUACCCACAGAUAGGGAGUAUUGAAGGUGCUGUUUGUGACAUCAAAUUCUGGGGAGGUCUCUACAUUACAUCCAAUGCCUCUAACGCCCUUACUGCCGCAUUCGCUGGUGGGUCUGCUGCUUCAUCGUACGAUAAGAGCAAUGUCAUCACCAUGGUGUGGAACGAAGCGCGAUACCCAACGGUGGUCGACUCUGCUCUCCAAACUAGCCUGAAGUCUCUGUCAGAAGCUGCGCGGGUCGCCUAUUCGAAGACGAACGGAGAACAGGCUCUUAAGUCUCUAAACAGCUCUGACUCCGCUGCCCUCGCGGCCUUCUCCGACCCAUGGACAUUGGCCUCCACCAAUAUCCAACCUACAUCACAAGGGUCCCGCCUUAUCUACAACACACUCGUCAUCAUUUUGAUCUUGAUCCAAGAGUUCUUCUACCUGGGUAUCGUGAAUGGUCUAUACGCCCAGUUCAACCUCUACACGUCGGUUUACCCCCGUCGAAUCGCCAUCGUGCGCCAAAUCAUCUCGGCGGUAUACACAUUCGCCGGAUCACUUUGUACGGCCGGUGCAAUCUGGGCCUUCCGAUAUGGCUGGAAUGUCAAUGGAAGCCAGUUUGUGCUGACCUGGAUGGCGCUCUGGCUCUUCGCGCAUCUGAAUUUCCUCGUCCUGGAUGUUUUCACUAUCUGGCUGCCACCACCCUACGUGCCAAUGGCGCUGAUCUCCUGGAUCGUCAUGAAUGUCACUUCGAUCCUGCUCCCCUUCGAGCUUUCCCCGGCUUUCUACCAAGUAGGCUACGCAUUUCCUGCACACAGCAUCUUCCAAGUGCUGAUUGACAUCUGGUCGGGAGGCUGUAACCCUCAACUCAACUACGCCCUGCCGGUUAUGUUUCUCUACGAGAUCAUCGGUAUUGUUCUCAGCUCUAUUGGCGUUUAUAGACGUUCGCACUAUGCCAUGAUCAAGAAAGAAAACGAUGAAAAGGCAUGUGAAGAGCGUGUUGCAGCGGCUCUGGCCGAACAACAGGCGGAUUCUUUGGUACGACAGGAGACUUUCCAAGAUGGGCAAGGAAGUGGAAUAUCCGAAACCGAGAGUGAGGAAGGAAUUGGGAGGCCAAGGCGUGAAACUAUCACGACAAUGGCGGAUCAAGACCAGCUUGUUGAUAUCAUUCGACGUGAGAUGUCCAAGCCGCAGGCUGAGAAGUCAGAAGCUAGAGAUCACACCGGUCCGAGUUUUGCUUUGCCCUAUAAGGACUGA